CGUCCCGGCGCCUGCGCGCUAGCCGCCAAGCCGGGACCCGACCCGCGCCUGCGCAACGAAGCCGACUGGCGGGCGCGACAGUGCAUUGUGGGAGCACGGUGGUCGGUGUUUCCUCGUAGCGCCGGCUCACUGCUGCGCUCCUUUCUGACAUCCGGUGCAAGUGCCCCGACCCCGCUCACCCUUCCUGCCCACAGAUGAUCCAAGACCGGGGUGCCAGAGGAAACGCUGAGGUUCACCCCGCGCCGCCAGCCGCCCUGGAGCUGCUGCAGGACGUGCACCUGGGCCUGGCCCCACCGCGCCGCAGCCCUGCUCGUCUGGCCGUCCUCUCGGGCCACUACCUCUACUAUCACUACGGCUGCGACGGGCUGGACGACCGCGGCUGGGGCUGCGGCUACCGCACGCUGCAGACGCUGUGCUCGUGGCCCGAGGGCCAGGCAGCGGGGGUGCCUGGACUGAACGCGGUGCAGGCAGCCCUGGAGGAUAUGGGCGACAAGCCCCCCCGCUUCCGGGGCUCCCUGAGCUGGAUCGGCUGCGUGGAGGCCUGCCUCUGCCUCGAGCACUUCGGAGGGCCCCAGGGGCGCCUGUGCCACGUGCCCCGCGGGGCGGGGCUUCACAGCGAGCUGGAGCGGCUUUACUCCCACUUUGCAGGGGGCGGCGGCCCUGUGAUGGUGGGAGGGGAUGCCGAUGCCCAGGCCAAGGCCCUACUGGGCGUCUGCGUGGGACCAGGCACCGAAGCCUACGUCCUGAUACUGGACCCUCACUACUGGGGCGCCCUGAAGAAGCCCAGAGAACUACAGGCUGCCGGAUGGGUGGGCUGGCAAGAGGUGACCACCGCCUUCGAUCCUACCUCCUUCUACAACCUGUGCUUGACCAGCUGUAACUCUGAAAAGCAGUAGCACGCCCAGGACUGAAACUGACCCCACACCUGUGUGCCUAUUCACUUCUCAAGUGUCCCAGCAGAGCAGAGGGAACUUCAGCAUCAAUAAAGUGACAAGGCCCAGCUAACCAUGGCCCCAGCUGAUGUUUGCGAGGAUGUGAGAAGGUAUACAGCACACCUUAAGACUUUUAAGAGUGGUGGGGUAUUUAGCUCAGUGGUGCCACCUCCCGAAUGUGAUCCCUGGUACAAAAAAAAAAAAAAGACUUUAAGAGUCACUACUUCAGUGCUUUUAUUGGCAGUAAACUGAACAUACAAAAAAAUUCUCAGCUGAUGGGAUGAGGCAGGUAGAAGUACAGAGUGGGGGAAA